AUGGAUAUCGACCCACAAACACAAACUUUGAGAGAGCUAGCACUAAAAUCAAAAACUAAAACAAGAACCUUACCAAUUAUUUUAGACAUAGAUGAACCUACCACUUCACAGCAUCAUACAAAUGAAACACCUCUAGAAGCUCAAAAGAGGCCACGAAAGCAUAAGCUAUACAAAGAAAAAAGUGAUGAUAUAAUGGAAAAUAGGGUGCUAUCCAAGUUUAAAAAACUAGAAAGUGCCAUCCUAAAUUUUAAUGAUAGACUAAAUUCUGUAACUAAUCAGGUUCAUGACACUCGCCACAAAGUGGAAACUGAUAAAACGUGGCCAGAACUCGAUCUUGUGUCAAAAUCUAGAGAUCUAGACGAAGUCAUAAUCCAUAUUGAUCGUGCUCGAAAAGAAACAGAAAAUAGUAUAUUUACUAUAUGCGUUGCUGAAGGAUAUGGCUGGGAUAUUGCAUCUGCCUUACCUAAUACCCAAGACGAAUGGAUGAAAGGGAAAAUGACUCCCAAAACAACUACCAAAAUACUUACCUGCACAGCGAUCAAAACAACUACCAAAAUUCCAACAAAUUUCUUCGUCCCUAUAAUCAACUCCCAAACUGUUCUACAAAGAACUCAGGUAGAUGUUACAUCUGCGAAGGUUAUAGAUACUUUGCCUAUUACUGCCCUUCAGAUUCAAACAGAAACCCCGAAUAUCAUUAAGAUUACCAUCCCAACUAUCGAUCAAGAGGCUAUGACACCUAUAAGAAUAAAUAUAGCCAAACCCAAGAUGAUGCAAAGCGCGAUUGACUACACUCGGGCCCUGCAACACCUAUCUGUAACAGGACGACUACAUAUAAAGGAACAUGUUCAAUACUGGAAAGAGAAAAUUCACGCACCAGACUUGAUCAUCAAUUGGCUGAGAUUUGGAAUUCCCUUGUUCCUGAAAAAUCUACUACAUCUUACAAAACAACCAGAUCCACCCCAAUACCCCCUGACAGAUACUCAGAUGCUAUAG